AUGGAAUCAGAAGCAUCUACCACUGCUAAAACUGACAAUAGCAACAAGAUCCCGCAUGGAAAUAUGCAAAAGGCUUUAGCAAAGACCUUAGAUAAAUUGCUUGAUUAUGAGGAUGUUGAAACUCUUGGAGAUGACGAAGAUGAAGAUGAUGUUGGGACAAUUCUUAGAGGCUCGAAAGGAAAUAGUAAGGUUCAAAAGAAGGCAAGGACAAAGGGUCCAAUAGAUUUAUAUUUUGCCAAAAGUGCUGCAAAGGAUAUAGCUCGAUGGAUGCAUGAUGCGGCAAUUCCUUUUAAUGCUGUCAAUUAUCCAAGUUUUCAAGUCAUGGUGGAGUUUGGACAAUUUGGGAUUGGUAUAAAAGCACCUAGUUUUCAUGAGGUGCGGGUUCCCUUAUUGAAUGAAGAAGUUGCUGAGGUGAAGAAUUCAUUAAAUUCCUAUGAAGAAGAAUGGGAAAAGUAUGGUUGUUCUAUAAUGGGAAAUGGUUGGACUGAUAAGAAACAAAGGACUUUGAUUAAUUUCUUGGUGAAUUCUACAAAGGGAACUGUUUUCAUGGAAUCUGUUAAUGCUUCAGAGUACUCAAAAACUAGUGAUAAGAUGUAUGAGCUACUUAAUAGAUUUGUAGAGCGUGUUGGAGAGACUAAUGUGGUUCAAGUUGUGACAGAUAAUGCUAGCAAUUGUGUGCUUACAGGGAAGUUGUUAGAAACAAAGUGCCCUCAUUUGUAUUGGACUCCUUGUGCUGCUCAUUGCCUAGAUUUGAUGCUAGAAGAUAUUGGAAAAAUUCUCAAAAUUCAUAACGCAAUUAAAAGGGCAGUGACAUUGAAUGGAUAUAUUUACAUUCGUCCGGGUGUGGUGAACAUGUUGCGGCGCUUUACUGGUGAAAGAGAGCUCAUUAGGCCAGCUGUCACAAGAUUUGCAACUGCUUUUCUCACCCUUCAACGUAUACAUAAGCAUAAGGUGAAUUUGAGAAAGAUGUUUACCUCAGAGGAAUGGACCAAAAGUAAGUGGGCAAAAGAACUAUCCGGUAAAAAAGUAUACAGUAUUGUCAUGAUGCCUACUUUUUAG